GUAACAAGCUUGAUUUUUCCCUUCCUUUUCUUGUUAAAGAACUGAUUUUAGGACCUAGAACCCUCCCUUUGAAGUGGGAAUUUCAGAUCUGCUCUGUUUCUUCCCUUGGUCUGUCUGCUGUUUUGCUGGGUGUGAAUCCUUCGGGAUUUUUGUCCGUAAGUUCCCCUGCAACUUGCCAUCGGCUUCUUCUUCUCCCUGCAGCUCUGGUUUUAGCUGGAAAAUUCUGAAUAAAAUGUGUUUUUAAGCUUGGGUUAAGUAUAAAUUGCUUGAUUUGGCUGCUGUGAAUUUUCUGGAGGAAAUCCUGUGUCUUAGGUAUUGUUUUGCAAAAGACAAUUGAUUGAAUACAAGUCAUGUUCUUCCAUUUUUCUGUCUGUGGAAGUAGAAAUCCAAAUUGGGUUUUCUCGGUUGAUGGAUAAAUGUAAUUUAGGAGCUUUUGAGUGAAAUUAGGGAUUGAUCUAUUGAUUAGACUCGGGUUUAAGAGGGUUUGUGACCAUUUUGCUCAUAAGUUACCUUUACUGUUCAUGUGCACUGUUUACGGAUACUGUUCAUAGGCACUGUUCACACACCGAGGGUUAACAAUUAACGGGGAUUUAAAUGAUUAGUUUGUGAUAUAAGAAUAAAUUUGGAGAGGUCUGGUUAUGUGGAGAUUGAUAGGAAUAAUAUCGUGAUUAGGGAUUAGUCAUGAUGAUUUCAACUUGAAUUUGUGAUAGUUCGGUAUUAAUUCUAAGGUGUUUUGGUUAGGUUCCCGAUCGUCUUGUCAGUUAGCACCGUGAAUUGAGCCUUUGGUUUUAAGUGAGUGAGGUAAGUAACUUAUGUGGUGGCAGGAUUAAACUCGUUUUAUACAAAAGUAAGUAUGAUUGAUUUGAAAUGAAAUUUUUUAUGCUUUUCAUUAAAUUGAGCAUGCCUACUUGAAAUUUGAUUGAUUGUCUUGAUGAUUUGAAAGUGAUUGGUAAAGAAUGAUUUUCUGUGAACUUCUGCCUAUUUUGUCUCCGAUAUGGUUAUGUUAUUGAUUGUAAUCCUGCUAGUGGGGGUUAAACGCUAGCACAUGUCGACAUGUUAUUGAUAGAACCGGUUCGUUCAAGUGUAGCCUGCCAGUGGGAAGUUUAAUACACUAGCCAUGACCUAUAGUGGAGAUGUCUAUUUCGUUCCCGUACCGUAUCUGUUUUCGUGAUUGUACUUGUUGGCAUGCUACAAGUUUAAUUAAGAGCACUCCAUAUUUUACUUACUGAGUUUAUCUCAUAGUUUUUCCUUGUCCACCAUUUCAGGAAGUGAAACCGAGGACGGGGAAACCACGGGAAGUGACGAGUUAGAAGGCUAGCCAUUUCGAGAUUGAUAUAGAUUUUAGAAAUAAAUCAUGCUUUUAUGUGAAUUGGAUAAGUUCCGAGCCUUGUGCAUUGUGGGAUCCUUUCACGAGUGCACGGCGUCUGUCGCGCCUCGAAUUCGAGUUUUGGGACGUGACAGGGAGACUCGGCCUGUAUAUCAGCAUCUGAAGCUGAAGUCUCCAGAACCACAUCAGUUGGAACCUCUUCCUGAACUCGUCUUUGGGGGUCAAAUGGGUUUCGCCGUUGCGGUUGGGUGGAAUCAAUAGCCUCCGUGCAAUGAGAACUACAACAACCCACUGUAAAAAAAAUAUAACAAAUGAAAAAUAAAUCAUUAAUACAAUGUAAUUUAAAUGCAAUAAAUAAAUUACUAUUAA